UCUCUUAACCACCUCCCGCCCACCAUAUAAGCGCGCAGCGCUGCAAUCGACGGGAUAUGUACACUGAUCAUCAGGGCACUGAUGAUGAGUGUGCCCUGAUGAUCAGUGUAGCCCCAGCAGUGCCAGCUGUCAGUGCUCAUCAAUGCCACCUGCCAGUACCACAUCAUUGCCACAUAUCAGUGCCUACCAGUGCACAUCAAUGCCACAUAUCAGUGCCCAUCUUAGCUGCCUUUCAGUGUUACCUAUCAGUUGCAGUCAGUGCCACCUAUCAAUGCCAGUCAGUGUUACCUAUCAGUGCUGCCAAUCAGUGCCAGUCAGUGCCACCUAACAGUGCCAGUCAGUGCUGCCUAUCAGUGCCAUAUAUGAGUGCUGCCUUUCAGUGCCCAUCAGUGAUGCCUGUCAAUGCCCAUCAGUGCCACCUACCAGUGCCUCUUCAUCAGUGCCCAUCAGUGCCACCUAUCAGUGUCCAUCACUGCAGCCUCAUUAGCGCACAUCAGUGAAGGAGAAAAAUCACUUAUUUACAACAUUUUAUAACAAAAACUAAAAAUAAAUGUUUUUUUUUUUUCAAAAUUUUCAGUGGUUUUGGUUUGUUUAGCAAAAAAUAA